CGAAGCGCGACUGUUGCGUCUCGGUCUCGUUGACGUGUCGCGGCAUUCGGGUUUUGUCGCGCGCAUUAUUACGCGUUAUUGCGCAUCGACAACGCACGACGUGAGCGGCAGAAUGUAGACCCGCCAUGCCGAGCGCGAGGUAAUGCCGCGGCGGUCCCGGGGGCAGCGACGGUGAUCGUGAUCGUGAUCGACGUAGGACGCGACCGCGCGAGAGAGGUUAGGAACGAUUGAUAUUGCUCGUCAUCGACGUGUUAAGCGCGAGCACAAAUGGCGGCUGCUGACGAGGAGGAUGUCACCGCGCUCAACGAACGCGUGGAAAAGCUGAGCGUGUCCGCUCAGCCGGACGACGAGCCGGCCAGCAAGAGCGAGAACGACACCGAGGAUGCCAGCGCGAGGAGCCUCGACUGCCCGGAGCCUCGACUCUGGGGCUUCGAGACGCGGGAGCUCUACAAGCUCGCGCUCAACUUCUACAAAGAGAAAGAAGGCAAGGCUGUCCAUCUCUCUUACGAGGAUAAAUUGAAACUGGUGGCGUUCACGCAGCAAGUCACGCAUGGAAAGUGCACAGCCGAGAAUGCACUACCGCUGGGCGUUCUGGACGUGAUCGGAAGAGACAGGCGUCUGGCAUGGCAGAAUCUAGGCGAUAUAUCCAAGGAGCAAGCGAUGGAAGGUUUCAUAGUAUUACUCGACAAGUUGUGUCCCCUGUUCAGAACCGUGGUCGAAGCGCAAAAGCGAGACUUCGAGGAGAAGCAGCGACUCAAGCAGGAGGAGGAGACCAAGAAGCUCGAGGAGGACAGGAAGCUUAAGGAACUGGAGGAGGAGAGGAAGAAGCAGGAGGAAAAAAGACUGAGAGAGGAGACCCACAGGAGACAGAUCCAGGACGCUCUGAAUCAGCAGACCUACUAUCAGUUCAAAAUGUACGCCGAGCAACAGUACCCGGGCAACCCGGAACAGCAGGGCGUUCUGAUCCGGCAGUUGCAGGAGCAGCACUAUCACCAGUACAUGCAGCAACUGCACCAGGACCAGAAACUCAUCGAGGACAUGGAGAAGGAAGAGAACGAGAAGAACGUCGAGUCCGAGGAUACCACGACGUGCAAAAGUGACGAGAAGGAGGACGCGAACGAGAGCAUGCCCCUGAACGAUGACGACUCCGACGAUAUGGACGAUUGGCCGCCCAUCACGCCCGCGGACAUGUGGACGAGGAAGGGCGUGGAAGAGUUCAAGCAGAUCAUCAGGCGGGAGGCGGGCGAUGCCGUCAUCAAGGUCGGUCAUGGCGAGACCGUCACCGUACGAGUGCCAACGCACGAGGACGGCACGUGCCUGUUCUGGGAAUUCGCUACGGAUGGCUACGACAUCGGUUUCGGGGUCUAUUUCGAGUGGUCGAAACCGGAGACGAAUCAGGUGUCGGUGCACAUAAGCGAGUCCGAGGACGAGGAGGAGGAUUACGAGGAGGAGUACGAGCCGCAGGCAGACGUGGAGAGCGGGUCGGUGAACGGCAACCCUCCACCGCACGAGCCGCAGCGCAGAACGGUUACACCACCUAUAAGCGUCAUAGUACCUGUAUAUAGGAGAGACUCGCAGGAGGAGAUUUACGCCGGAAGUCAUCAAUAUCCAGGCGAGGGGGUGUACCUUCUCAAGUUCGACAACUCGUACUCGCUCUGGCGAAGUAAGACGCUUUACUACCGAGUGUACUACACGCGGCAGGGAUUCACGCAAAACAACAAUUAGUUUCUACGUUAUAUAUAUAUAUAUGUAUAUGUAUGAAGAUGGGAUGUUGUAUCGAUGUGUACAUCGUCCGUUGAGCACCAGCCUUGGCACAUAAUUGUCUACUUAUAAUACUAGUCCGACCGAAUAAAGAGUCUCAUUGUUCUGAUUCGGUUUCGUGCAAGGCAAUAGAAUUCUGUUUUACACCCGACAUACAAUACGUGUACACAUACACCUACAUACAUUUUCACACACACACACACACACGGGAGAAAAGAUUAUUUGUCGUCUAAUUGAGUAAAAGACACGUUCUAUCGUUUAAAAUGGCGAAACCGUGCACAGGGAUGAAACAGGUUCCUAAUCUACGAUGAGGGAUGAACUAUCACGUGGCAUACGAUAAUGAUAAAUUAACGUUCAGCUCUUUUACUUGCAUAUUAUUGCGUACAUUGCGACGAUUAGGACGUGCAAGCGGUGCGAGUCUCCUCUUCGUGAUCUUGAGAAAAUUUUAAAGCAUAUUGAUAUUGGUGCAUAAUCUUUAUAUAUAUAUACACACACAUACACGUGAAAGCGCGUUCCAUGUCGAACGUACGGUCAAGUGUAACACACAUACUGUAAUACCUGCAUUAUCUUACAUGAAUAUUUGCUUGGACUGUUUCUCUCUUGUGACUCGUCGACUUGUCACACAGAUUUUAUUAUCACAUUAUCGUCGGCCAUGCCGUAUAUAGUUUUUAUUAAAAUUAUCUCUCUCGCUUUGUUUUAAGGAGAAAUAUAUUAUAUAUAUAUAUAAUCAGCAGAUUCAAUCGGCACGCUCCUCGUUGAAUUCGCGACGGAACUCGUACACCUCUCUUCGUCUUUUCUUUCUUUUUCCUUUUUUUUUGUUUUUGAUAACGUUUAUUAUUCUACGUAGCCAUAUUUUUUGUACAGCAAAAAUCGUGCGGUUUAUAUUUAUAAUAUCAAUAUAAUGGUAAUAAUAAUAAUGAUAAUGGUAA